CCUGCUCCAAAGAGGGUAGAGAGGAUGUUGUGACAAUGGAGAGAUGACUUGUUGUUCUGUCCAUGGUGGUUCAGUCACCAUAGCCUACACAUCAGAUGAGUGUAGAGAGGACAGUUGACAUACAAAGAAGAGCAUCACCAGGAGGGUGAGGCAAUUUAAACCAAGACCAUCUGGUCACGCAUGGUAAAGACAGCUCUAGGAGGGAGAGGCUUAUGGAGCCAUUGCCUCACGGAUGCUCCAAAGCUCUCCAAGGCUGCCGGUUCAAAUGAAAGCUCAGCAGAUGGUGAAUCCGGUUCCAAAUCCGUAUCUGAGGAGAAGUGGGAACAAGAAGACCUCAAGGUCUUAUCCAUUCUCCAUAGCUCAAUGUCUCCAUCCAUCCUUGAAGCAUACUCAUACUGUGAGAGUGCUAAAGACCUUUGGAGUACACUUAACAAGAUAUAUGGGUACAUCUCCAACCUCUGUCGAGUAUUUGAGAUCAAGAAGUUCAUCAACAUCCUAUCCCAAGAAGAUGAGGAGUUCACUGUGCAUCUAGGCAAGUUCAGAGCCCUUUGGUCUGAGCUAGAGAUGCUUAGACCCCAAUCUGUUGAUCCGGAGGUGUUGAUUGAAAGAAGGGAGCAAGACAAGGUGUUUUGCCUAUUACUCGCACACCAAGGAGAGGUGUUGGAUAUUGAAUCCAAGCCUCAAACCUGCCAAGUUCAAGUGAACCGUGCCCAUGGAGGUUCAAGAGAUCAGCUCGGAUCUCUUGUUUGUAAGCAAACCUCCUAACCCUUA